CCCCACUCCUUUUAUUUUUUUCUGAUAUAAAAGAGAGUAGGUAUUGUUGCAUUUGUUGCAGCCACUGUUGAAAUGGUCGUUUAUGCUAAUAAGCUUACGCCAAUUCCAUCUGCUCUCAUCCCAAAGGUCUAAGAUAUUUCCAAGUUUUCAGUUCUUUUGCUUAUUUCAUUUCAGAGAUGUCAAGCUUGGGCGGCAACAGUGGUGGCAGGAACAUGGGUGCACCCUUUUUCCAUGAGUUCAAGAAACAGGCUUCUUUCUUCUUCAAGGAGAAGAUCAAGACUGCUAGAUUGGCUCUUACGGAUGUUACACCUGCACAACUGUUGACGGAGGAGGUCACUGGUGGGAAUCCUUGGUCUGCGGACACGAGAACCAUGGGCUUGAUAUCGAGGGCGGCCUUUGAAGUGGAUGAUUAUGGGAGAAUUGUGGAGAUUCUGCACAACAGAUUGUUGAGAUUUGAUAGGAAGAAUUGGAGGGCCUCUUACAAUUCUCUGAUCCUCCUUGAGCACCUGCUGACUCAUGGGCCAGAGAGUGUUGCAGGCGAGUUUCAGAGUGAGAAAGGUGUCAUUGAGGAGAUGGGAAGCUUUCAGUACAUAGAUGAGAAAGGAUUCAACUGGGGCCUGACUGUUAGGAAGAAAUCUGAGAGGGUAUUGAAGUUGCUCCAGAAAGGGCAUCUUCUCAAGGAAGAAAGGGACCGAGCUAGAAAGCUAACGAGAGGGAUUCAAGGCUUCGGGAGCUUCACCCAUAAGUCUUCCUCAGCGCAAGGAAUUUUGCGUGAAUCAUCCUUCCAUGGAAGGUGUACUUCACAUUUAAGUGAUGAUGAAAAUCAGUUAACCAGUGAUGAAGGCUCAACCAGAAGAGGGGUUGGAAAAUCACAGCAAACACAAGAAGAUAAUGCCAUACUGGCUGUUGGCGAGAAAGCUGAGAAUUCUAACACCUGGGGUAGUUUUAGUAAUGGAGAUGUACUCAAGAAAUGCGAAAACCAAACUAGUUUCAAAGAGAACAUGGUACCUGUAGUGAGAGACCUACAUGAAUGGAGUUGCACAGGGGAGUCUAAGCCUCUUUUGGAUGGUAACAGAAAUGAGCCAAGGACAGCAAUUUCUGUGGAUGAAGAUCACCCCUUCAAUCACGCUGAGAAUCAAACCACAGCAUCACUGCUUUCAACCAGAAAUGAAAUCCUGCAGGGUUGCUGAGGAACUAGAUUAUGGUAUAUACAAGUGAAGUCUGCAAGCCUCUUCAUCAUACAUAGAAGAGCCAAGGUUCUGUUUUGCCUGUGGUCCUAUGUGGGCUUUGAAGGAUACAUUCUAUAGAGAAGAAUGGCAUUGAAAGCUUGCAGGGAUGUCGAGGAACUAGAUUAUAGCAUACAUGACUGAAGUUGUCUGCAAGCUACUUUACCAUAUGGACAAGCGUUCUGUGUUUCCUGCUAUGGUGUGUGUGUGGGCUUUAAUGUUAGAUUCUAGACAGAAGAAUAUCAAUGGUAGAGGUUCUGUUCCAUUUAUAUUUUAAAGGAACUUCUGACAUUGACUAUAACUAUUUUGAUUGACGAAAAAAAAGAUUAUGUUGAAAUAGAACAGAA